AUGGCGCAAUCAGACGCAUCCUCCUCUCCAUCGCAGUCCGAGCACGCGCCGGGGCCCGUAACUAUUGACACUCUGAUCACCUACCUCGUUGCAGCCAAGCGCUCACUCUCCAGUAUCCACCAUGUCCAUCGCGCUACAAACGUCCUUGCAGAAGCUCGUUCCUCGGUCGAAUCGACUGCUGUGCUAGGGGCCCGCACCACAUACCUUCGCCGAAGUUUACUGUCACAGUUGAAGAUUCUGCGGGGUAUUCAAUUUGAGCUGGAAGGCUCCGCCAACGCCAUCCGAGUCGAGUUCCAGGCUUCCAUUAAGGAGCUGGAUGCUGCAGGCCGCCGGUUGCAACAGAACAUCCAGCAGCUGAAGCAGACCAGGAUAGAUGACGGCUUCAAACUGCCACCCGUUCAAGACGAAGGACCAACUGUGCUCCCCAAAACUAGUCUGCACGAUUUCGUAGAAGAAAGACCUGUGGAGGAAUUAAAGGAUGCUAUGAAAGAGGUCAUUGACAAUGUUCAGGACAACCAACAGGAGAUCAGUAGAUCAAUCCGCAACCUGGAAGAGGAUUUGCAAGUCAUCAAUGAGCUACUCAUUGACAAGCAGUCGAGCCUCUCCAGUGCGAGCAGUGACUUCCAGCCACCAAAUAUGCCAGAUCUACUCAAGAAACUCGAGGACUAUGCCCAUUCCAUGGCUCAAUCCCUCGAGUCACUCGUCAACCACUUCGAUUUAUGUGCUACUGCUAUUCGACAUACUGAAGGCGCCGGUGACGCCAUUGUCCGCAACUACCAGGCUGGAAACUUACCCGAGGAUGUUGAUGUUGAGAAACUCGAAGGCCCGGCCGAACCCAUGAACGAGGGAGAACGCGCUGAGAUGUUGCAGGUUCUUUCUACCGACGCUGCCGAGGUGGAUGAUGUGGUAAUGGAGAUUCAAGAACAUGCUGCGGAAAUGGACGGUCACCUCAAUGAGAUUCUACAUUGGAAGGAGCGGGCAGACGGCUCUCACGAAGAUGUUGCAACCGCUUUCCGCCACCUUGAGACUAUCGGCCAACGGCUGCCAACCUUCCUGGCUGAAUCUGCUCGCCACGCAUCUCGCUGGACAGAGGACAAAGCUCGCAUCGAAGACGGUAUCGCCGGCAUGGAGGAGCUAUGCGAAACAUACGACAAUUUUCUCCAUGGUUAUGAUCGACUCAUCAUUGAGGCAGCACGAAGGCGGGCGGUAAAGAAGCAGAUGGAGAAGAUCGUUGAUGAAGCACAGGCACGGCUCGAUGCUCUGCACGAUGACGACCUGAAAGAGAGACAACUGUUCCGUGAAGAUCAGGGCGACUACCUCCCUAGUGAUAUUUGGGAAGGAUUGCAUCUCGCUCCGGCGAGAUACGGUAUCCAUCGAAUUGACAAUGUCCGAGAGGGACGAGAAGAAUGGCUGAGUAUUCCAGAGCUGCCAAAAUCGACUGUAGAAGGUGCUUUGAAGAGGCUGAAAGGCAAGCCUGUACAAUAG